CUAGUUAUUGUGUCAAUUGUCAAAAAUGUUGGUAAACAUAACUAGAAAAUCACUGAUUACUUUUUAUUUAGCUAUUUUUAGACCAAAUUUUGUUGUAUCACAUGCUAAUAUGUCUACAGAAAGCGUAGACGCUGACAAAUAUUCCGUGGCAUACGUAACAGUUCCGAAUAAUGAUGUUGGAAAAACGAUUGGUCAUGGAUUAGUUAAAAACAAAUUGGCUGCAUGUGUGAACAUAAUACCCCAGGUUACAUCUAUAUAUGAAUGGAAAAAUGAAAUUAAUGAAGAUAAUGAGGCUCUUCUCAUGAUCAAGACAAGAACAUCUCAAGUAGAUAAAUUGACGGAAUAUGUACGAUCAAACCACCCAUACGAAGUGUGUGAAGUUAUAUCCCUCCCCAUAAAGAAUGGAAACCCACCUUAUUUAAAAUGGAUUGGAGAAAAUGUUCCUGAGAAUUAAAUAGAAAUUAAGUCAAUUGAAAAAUCAUCUGUAAUUCUUCCACAGAAUUUUAAUAAGAAUUAGUAAAAUAAUUAUUUUUAUGCUUAAUUAACUUAUUCAAAAUAAAAUUGAUUUGAAUC